CCCCUUCCCGGGUGGCUGGCUGGCUGGUCCCGAGCGAAGAUGGCGGCGGGGGAGGCGAAGUCGGUGCUCUUCGUGUGCCUGGGAAACAUUUGUCGCUCUCCAAUAGCUGAAGCAGUUUUUAGAAAACUUGUAACUGAUGAAAAAGUUGAAAAUAAGUGGAUGACAGACAGUGCUGCUGUUUCAGACUGGAACGUGGGGCGCUCCCCAGAUGCAAGGGCUUUAAGCUGUCUAAGAAAUCAUGGCAUUGAGACAGCACAUAAAGCACGGCAGGUUACUAAAGAUGAUUUCCAGACCUUUGAUUAUAUACUUUGUAUGGAUGAGAGCAAUCUAAGGGAUCUGAAAAGGAAAAGCAACCAAGUUAAAGACUGCAAGGCCAAAAUUGAACUACUUGGAACUUAUGAUCCACAGAAACAACUUAUCAUUGAAGAUCCGUACUAUGGGAAUGAAAAGGACUUUGAAACUGUUUACGAGCAGUGUGUUCGGUGCUGUAAAGCAUUUUUGGAGAAGUGUCAUUAAUGCUUCAUCAUUUUAUUUCUAAAAGAAAAUAAUUAGCUUUUCCUCAAAUAUGUAAGGUUUACUUGAUUGAUGUAUUUAAAUUGUAAAAUUAUGGCUCAGUAGGUUCAAAACUUUUUCAGUUUAAUUUUAUAUUUUAGCUUUUCUGUCAUCUAAUUAAAAAAAUAUAGAAAAGUUUUAAUUGGAUUAGAUGAUCAACCAUUUUGUCACACAUCAAUGUAAUAAUAAAGUAUACCGUUCAGAAUAAAUUUAUCUGUAAACUGUUCCAGUGCUUUCUCACAAGCACUGCAAAAGUAAUGUCUUACUUCUUUAUGUGCUAUACUAACUAAACUGAGGUCUUCUCAUGGUGCCCUUAGUUAAUUUAAAUGAACUUUCAAUGGCAGUCUGCAAGAUAAUAGUUCAUGUAUGAUAACUUAGGCGUGUCAUCCUAGUAUCAUUAGACAGCCGUUGGACUGAAGCUGUUUCAUAUUGAGCCUGCUAGACUAAAAGAACUGCCUGGCCCCAGACAGACAUGGCUCUUAGCACUGUGUCAAAGCUGAAGCAAGCAAAACCUCCGUGGGUGUCAUCAGGAUCCUGUGAAAAUGCGUUUUUAUGUCAGUUUAAAUGCUCAGUUAUUCAAAGAAGUAGUAAUUUCUGUUCUAGUACAUUUUUAUACUAAUUAAGUUGAACUCAGGUCAGAAAUAGUGAUUGAUGUUAAUAAGACUUCUCUGGCUAGUC